UCCGUGCCGCUGCCCUAGCUCCGUGCCACUGCCCGCGGCAGGCUCCCCUCGCCGAGGCCCAGCCCGCGCCCCCGGUGCGCCCAUCUCAUUGGCUGAAGGCAUCCCCCCUGAAUUCUCAUAGGCUGUCCCACUUUUCCUCCGCCCCUCCGCACGGACCGCGAGCCGCGAGAGCCGGGGAAGCUGCUCUAAGUCCGGGCCUGGGCGCCGGGGCUCUGCUCUGCUCGGCGCUGCGAGAGGUGCGGGGCGCGGGGGCCCGGGCAGCUGUUCCCACCCGGGGACGCUCUUGAGGAGCCGAGCCCGGCAAAUGGGCGCACGAGGAAGAGAGCAGGGAAAUGGACUGCUAUUUGCGCCGCCUCAAACAGGAGCUGAUGUCCAUGAAGGAGGUGGGUGAUGGCCUCCAGGAUCAGAUGAACAGCAUGAUGGGGGCACUUCAAGAACUGAAGCUUCUCCAGGUGCAGGCGGCACUGGAACAGCUGGAGAUCUCCGGAGGGAGUCCGGCCCGGGGCUGCUCGGAAAGUCCCCGGACGCAGCCCGAGCCCCCUCCAUGGGAGGGUGGCAGAGGACCUACCAGGCCUUCAGCCUGCCCCCCUUCCAACCAACCUUCUCUGGGCGCCAAGUGUACAUCCCAGAGGAGUGUCUGCGGGUGGGAUCCGGACCCCCUGGCCGGGGCACAGCUACCAGAGCACCGAAGCGGGGCCCAGCCGGGGCGGGAGCCGGUGGAACCGGAAGACUGGACCUCCACGUUGAUGUCCCGGGGCCGCAACCGCCAACCUCUGGUGCUAGGCGACAACGUUUUUGCGGACCUCGUGGGCAACUGGCUGGACUUGCCAGAACUGGAGAAGGGUGGGGAGAAAGGAGAGGCAGGGGAGCCCAAAGGGGAGAAGGGCCCGUCCCGGGAGCUGGGCCGCAGGUUUGCCCUCACGGCAAACAUCUUUAGGAAGUUCUUGCGCAGUGUGCGGCCCGACCGAGACAGGCUGCUGAAGGAGAAGCCGGGCUGGGUGACGCCCACGGCCUCGGAGCCCAGGGCUGCCCGCUCACACAAGGUCAAGAAGCGGAGCCAUUCCAAGGGCUCUGGACGUUUCCCCUUCCCGGGCCCUGCAGAGCCCAGAAAGGGGGAAAGUCCUUCCACAAGCUGCCCCAAGGCCCUGGAACCCUCACCUUCUGGCUUUGAUAUUAACACAGCUGUUUGGGUCUGAGUCCUAGAGACAGAAAGUUGACUGAACCCAAAAGGUCCAGGUGUCGGUGCUGGGCCCUGGGAAGAUGCCAUGUGGGCACUGUGGCCUUCGAAAGCCUGACUCCGAGUUCCUUUCCUCGAGAAAGGAGGGAGAAGCAGCAAGAGUGUCUGGAGUAGGGCUGACAGGUGUGUGGCUGAGAGAGGCCGUGGUGGGGGCUGGCUGGUGGGAGGGGAGGGCUCCUAGACUGAAAGAGAGACACAGAGAGAGAGAGACAAGUGCUCACUUUGGGGCUGCAGGUGACAAUGACCGGCAGGGAGAGGAGACCAGGCAAUCCUGACAUUCCUUCAGGGCCCCCAAAGACCUCAGCUGAACAUUCUGUAUGGAUCAGGGCACUGGGGUCUCAGGUUUCCCCAAAGAGCCCCCCAGUAAAGACCUAUCUUUUGUGGUCUCAACCUUAUAACCAUUGGCUUCCUUGGCGAAGCACUGCCCCAGGUACAGGCAUGAAAUCCAGGCCCUCCUGGGACUGGGAUCCUCAAAGAGGAACUUUCCACCCCCACCCCAGUUGCC